AGCUGUCCAGCACCUUCUCACUGGAAGGCUGAAGCUACCAGCUGGUGCUGAAAGGAAAGAAGAUAUUAUGGCAAAGUGAUAGUAAAUAUCACCAUGAAGCUGCUGACUGUGUCUGCACUUCUUUGUGCAAUAGUGGCUCUGACCACUGUUGCUGAAGAAGGGAGCAGUGCUGUGGGAAAGGGAUCAACUCAACCAGGAGAGGUUAAUGUUGAGAAAAGAGCCAUAUGUUAUUGGCGCAGGAGGGUUGGUCGGAUUAGAUAUGGCAACCGAUACUACAACUACUCUCCUCGUCGCCGGACUUGGGCUCGAACAAGGUUGGUGAAAUUCCAUUGGCGCAGGCGGGUGAGUGGGAUUAGAUAUGGCAAACGGUACAACCGCUACUCUACUAAUCUCCGGACUUGGGCUCGAGCAAGGCAGGUGGGUUUGAUUAGAUAUGGCAACCGAUACUACCGCUACUGUCCCUGUUGCCGGACGUGGACUCGGGUUCGAGCAAGGUUGGUGAAAUCCCAUUGGGGCAGGCGUGUGGGUUGGAUUAGAUAUGGCAACCGAUACUACCGCUACUCUCCCCGUCGCCAGACUUGGGCUCGAGCAAGGUUUGGGAAAUCCCAUUGGCGCAGGCAUGUGGGUUGGACUAGAUAUGGCAACCGAUACUACCGCUACUCUCCCCAUCGCCGGACUUGGGUUCGGGGAAGGUUGGGGAAAUCCCAUUGGCGCAGGCGUGUGGGUUGGAUUAGAUAUGGCAACCGAUACUACCGCUACUCUCCCCAUCGCCGGACUUGGGUUCGGGGAAGGUUGGUGAAAUCCCAUUGGCGCAGGCGGGUGGGUUGGAUUAGAUAUGGCAACCGAUACUACCGCUACUCUCCCCAUCGCCGGAUUCGGGCUCGGGCAAGGUUGGUGAAAUCCCAUUGGCCCAGGUGGGUGGGUUGGAUUAGAUAUGGCAACCGAUACUACCGCUACUCUCCCCGUCGCCGGACUUGGGUUCGGGGAAGGUUGGUGAAAUCACAUCGGCGCAGGCGGGUGGGUUGGAUUAGAUAUGGCAACCGAUACUACCGCUACUCUCCCCAUCGCCGGACUUGGGCUCGGGCAAGGUUGGAGAAAUCCCAUUGGCGCAGAGGGGUGGGUUGGAUCAGAUAUGGCAACCGAUACUACCGCUACUCUCCUCGUCGCCGGACUUGGGCUCGAGCAAGGUUGGGGAAAUCCCAUUGGCCCAGGCGGGUGGGUUGGAUUAGAUAUGGCAACCGAUACUACCGCUACUCUCCCCGUCGCCGGACUUUGGUUCGAGGAAGGUUGGUGAAAUCGCAUCGGCGCAGGGGGGUGGGUUGGAUUAGAUAUGGCAACCGAUACUACCGCUACUCUCCCCAUCGCCGGAUUCGGGCUCGGGCAAGGUUGGUGAAAUCCCAUUGGCCCAGGCGGGUGGGUUGGAUUAGAUAUGGCAACCGAUACUACCGCUACUCUCCCCGUCGCCGGAUUCGGGCUCGGGCAAGGUUGGGGAAAUCCCAUUGGCGCAGACGGGUGGGUUGGAUUAGAUAUGGCAACCGAUACUACCGCUACUCUCCCCGUCGCCGGACUUGGGUUCGGGGAAGGCGUGUGGGUUGGAUUAGAUAUGGCAACCGAUAUUACCGCUACUCUCCUCGUCGCCGGACUUGGGCUCGAGGAAGGUUGGUGAAAUCCCAUUGGCGAAAGCGGGUGGGUUGGAUUAGAUAUGGCAACCGAUACUACCGCUACUCUCCCCAUCGCUGGAUUCAGGCUCGGGCAAGGUUGGUGAAAUCCCAUUGGCCCAGGUGGGUGGGUUGGAUUAGAUAUGGCAACCGAUACUACCGCUACUCUCCCCGUCGCCGGACUUGGGUUCGGGGAAGGUUGGUGAAAUCCCAUUGGUGCAGGCGUGUGGGUUGGAUUAGAUAUGGCAACCGGUAUUACCGCUACUCUCCUCGUCGCAGGACUUGGGCUCGAGGAAGGUUGGUGAAAUCCCAUUGGCGCAAGCGGGUGGGUUGGAUUCGAUAUGGCAACCGAUACUACCGCUACUCUCCCCAUCGCCAGAUUCGGGCUCGGGCAAGGUUGGGGAAAUCCCAUUGGCCCAGGCGGGUGGGUUGGAUUAGAUAUGGCAACCGAUACUACCGCUACUCUCCCCGUCGCCGGACUUGGGUUCGGGGAAGGUUGGUGAAAUCGCAUUGGCGCAGGGGGGUGGGUUGGAUUAGAUAUGGCAACCGAUACUACCGCUACUCUCCCCAUCGCCGGAUUCGGGCUCGGGCAAGGUUGGUGAAAUCCCAUUGGCGCAGAGGGGUGGGUUGGAUUAGAUAUGGCAACCGAUACUACCGCUACUCUCCCCGUCGCCGGACUUGGGUUCGGGGAAGGUUGGUGAAAUCCCAUUGGUGCAGGCGUGUGGGUUGGAUUAGAUAUGGCAACCGGUAUUACCGCUACUCUCCUCGUCGCCGGACUUGGGCUCGAGGAAGGUUGGUGAAAUCCCAUUGGCGCAAGCGGGUGGGUUGGAUUAGAUAUGGCAACCGAUACUACCGCUACUCUCCCCAUCGCCAGAUUUGGGCUCGGGCAAGGUUGGGGAAAUCCCAUUGGCCCAGGCGGGUGGGUUGGAUUAGAUAUGGCAACCGAUACUACCGCUACUCUCCCCGUCGCCGGACUUGGGUUCGGGGAAGGUUGGUGAAAUCGCAUCGGCGCAGCGGGGUGGGUUGGAUUAGAUAUGGCAACCGAUACUACCGCUACUCUCCCCAUCGCCGGACUUGGGCUCGGGCAAGGUUGGGGAAAUCCCAUUGGCGCAGAGGGGUGGGUUGGAUUAGAUAUGGCAACCGAUACUACCGCUACUCUCGUCGUCGCCGGACUUGGGCUCGAGCAAGGUUGGGGAAAUCCCAUUGGUGCAGGCGGGUGGGUUGGAUUAGAUAUGGCAAUCGAUACUACCGCUACUCUCCCCAUCGCCGGAUUCGGGCUCGGGCAAGGCUGAGGAAAUCCCAUUGGCGCAGGCGGGUCGGUUGGAUUAGAUAUGGCAACCGAUACUACCGCUACUCACCCCGUCGCCGGAUUCGGGCUCGGGCAAGGUUGGUGAAAUCCCAUUGGCGCAGGGGGGUGGGUUGGAUUAGAUAUGGCAACCGAUACUACCGCUACUCUCCCCGUCGCCGGACUUGGGUUCGGGGAAGGUUGGUGAAAUCCCAUUGGCGCAAGCGGGUGGGUUGGAUUAGAUAUGGCAACCGAUACUACCGCUACUCUCCCCAUCGCCAGAUUCGGGCUCGGGCAAGGUUGGGGAAAUCCCAUUGGCCCAGGCGGGUGGGUUGGAUUAGAUAUGGCAACCGAUACUACCGCUACUCUCCCCGUCGCCGGACUUGGGUUCGGGGAAGGUUGGUGAAAUCCCAUUGGCGCAAGCGGGUGGGUUGGAUUAGAUAUGGCAACCGAUACUACCGCUACUCUCCCCAUCGCCGGAUUCGGGCUCGAGCAAGGCUGGGGAAAUCCCAUUGGCCCAGGCGGGUGGGUUGGAUUAGAUAUGGCAACCGAUACUACCGCUACUCUCCCCGUCGCCGGACUUGGGUUCGGGGAAGGUUGGUGAAAUCCCAUUGGCGCAAGCGGGUGGGUUGGAUUAGAUAUGGCAACCGAUACUACCGCUACUCUCCCCAUCGCCGGAUUCGGGCUCGGGCAAGGUUGGGGAAAUCCCAUUGGCCCAGGUGGGUGGGUUGGAUUAGAUAUGGCAACCGAUACUACCGCUACUCUCCCCAUCGCCGGAUUCGGGCUCGGGCAAGGUUGGUGAAAUCGCAUCGGCGCAGCGGGGUGGGUUGGAUUAGAUAUGGCAACCGAUACUACCGCUACUCUCCCCAUCGCCGGACUUGGGCUCGGGCAAGGUUGGGGAAAUCCCAUUGGCGCAGAGGGGUGGGUUGGAUUAGAUAUGGCAACCGAUACUACCGCUACUCUCGUCGUCGCCGGACUUGGGCUCGAGCAAGGUUGGGGAAAUCCCAUUGGUGCAGGCGGGUGGGUUGGAUUAGAUAUGGCAAUCGAUACUACCGCUACUCUCCCCAUCGCCGGAUUCGGGCUCGGGCAAGGCUGAGGAAAUCCCAUUGGCGCAGGCGGGUCGGUUGGAUUAGAUAUGGCAACCGAUACUACCGCUACUCACCCCGUCGCCGGACUUGGGUUCGGGGAAGGUUGGUGAAAUCGCAUCGGCGCAGGGGGGUGGGUUGGAUUAGAUAUGGAAACCGAUACUACCGCUACUCUCCCCAUCGCCGGAUUCGGGCUCAGGCAAGGAUGGUGAAAACCCAUUGGCGCAGAGGGGUGGGUUGGAUUAGAUAUGGCAACCGAUACUACCGCUACUCUCCCCGUCGCCGGACUUGGGUUCGGGGAAGGUUGGUGAAAUCCCAUUGGUGCAGGCGUGUGGGUUGGAUUAGAUAUGGCAACCGGUAUUACCGCUACUCUCCUCGUUGCCGGACUUGGGUUCGGGGAAGGUUGGGGAAAUCCCAUUGGCGCAAGCGGGUGGGUUGGAUUAGAUAUGGCAACCGAUACUACCGCUACUCUCCCCAUCGCCGGAUUCGGGCUCGGGCAAGGUUGGGGAAAUCCCAUUGGCCCAGGCGGGUGGGUUGGAUUAGAUAUGGCAACCGAUACUACCGCUACUCUCCCCAUCGCCGGACUUGGGUUCGGGGAAGGUUGGUGAAAUCCCAUUGGUGCAGGCGUGUGGGUUGGAUUAGAUAUGGCAACCGGUAUUACCGCUACUCUCCUCGUCGCCGGACUUUGGUUCGGGGAAGGUUGGGGAAAUCCCAUUGGCCCAGGCGGGUGGGUUGGAUUAGAUAUGGCAACCGAUACUACCGCUACUCUCCCCGUCGCCGGACUUGGGUUCGGGGAAGGUUGGUGAAAUCCCAUUGGCGCAAGCGGGUGGGUUGGAUUAGAUAUGGCAACCGAUACUACCGCUACUCUCCCCAUCGCCGGAUUCGGGCUCGGGCAAGGCUGAGGAAAUCCCAUUGGCGCAGGCGGGUCGGUUGGAUUAGAUAUGGCAACCGAUACUACCGCUACUCACCCCGUCGCCGGACUUGGGUUCGGGGAAGGUUGGUGAAAUCGCAUCGGCGCAGGGGGGUGGGUUGGAUUAGAUAUGGAAACCGAUACUACCGCUACUCUCCCCAUCGCCGGAUUCGGGCUCGGGCAAGGAUGGUGAAAUCCCAUUGGCGCAGAGGGGUGGGUUGGAUUAGAUAUGGCAACCGAUACUACCGCUACUCUCCCCGUCGCCGGACUUGGGUUCGGGGAAGGUUGGUGAAAUCCCAUUGGUGCAGGCGUGUGGGUUGGAUUAGAUAUGGCAACCGGUAUUACCGCUACUCUCCUCGUCGCCGGACUUGGGCUCGAGGAAGGUUGGUGAAAUCCCAUUGGCGCAAGCGGGUGGGUUGGAUUAGAUAUGGCAACCGAUACUACCGCUACUCUCCCCAUCGCCGGAUUCGGGCUCGGGCAAGGUUGGUGAAAUCCCAUUGGCCCAGGCGGGUGGGUUGGAUUAGAUAUGGCAACCGAUACUACCGCUACUCUCCCCGUCGCCGGACUUGGGUUCGGGGAAGGUUGGUGAAAUCCCAUUGGCGCAAGCGGGUGGGUUGGAUUAGAUAUGGCAACCGAUACUACCGCUACUCUCCCCAUCGCCGGAUUCGGGCUCGGGCAAGGUUGGUGAAAUCGCAUCGGCGCAGCGGGGUGGGUUGGAUUAGAUAUGGCAACCGAUACUACCGCUACUCUCCCCAUCGCCGGACUUGGGCUCGGGCAAGGUUGGUGAAAUCCCAUUGGCGCAGGCGGGUGGGUUGGAUUAGAUAUGGCAACCGAUACUACCGCUACUCUCCCCAUCGCCGGAUUCGGGCUCGGGCAAGGCUGAGGAAAUCCCAUUGGCGCAGGCGGGUUGGUUGGAUUAGAUAUGGCAACCGAUACUACCGCUACUCUCCCCGUCGCCGGACUUGGGUUCGGGGAAGAUCUAGGUUGAUGAAAUCCCAUAGGCGCAGACGGGUGGGUUGGAUUAGAUAUGGUAACCGAUACUAUCGCUACUCUCCCCGUCGCCGGACUUGGGCUCGGGCAAGGUUGGGGAAAUCCAAAUCGCGUAGGCGUGUGGGUUGGAUUAGAUAUGGCAACCGAUACUACCGCUACUCUCCCCGGCGCCGGACCAGUGCUCCGGCAAGGUUGGUGAAAUCCCAUUGGCACAGGCCAGUGGGUCUGAUUAGAUAUGGCAACCGAUACAACCGCUACUCUACCUAUCGACGGACUUCGGCUCGUGCCAGGUUGGUGAAAUCCCAUUGGCACAAGCGGGUGGGGUGGACUAGAUAUGGCAACCGAUACUACCGCUACUUUCCCUAUCGCUGGACUUGGGCUCAGGCUCAGAGAUUCUGUCAGUCCAAGAAUGCAAACCUGGCAUCUGUGCGCAAUCUCGGAGAGUAUCGUGCAAUUCAGAGGGUCAUAUAUCGUGUCACCCAUAGGUUUGUCCCUACAUGGAUCGGAGGCUCUGAUGCUCAACAGGAGCGUUUUUGGUUUUGGAUUGAUGGAACUCCUUUCAGAUUUACAUACUGGUGUCCUGCAGAGCCGAACAAUGCUGGGAGCAGAGAGCACUGCCUACACAUGAAUUGGACAGGAUGCAGGUGUAUAAAUGAUGCACCCUGUUACAACCAAUACCCAUUUGUAUGUGUCUUGAAAAGUGGAUGAUUCCUGGUCUGACACGAAGGCAUGGUACACCAGUAAAAGACGUGAAAUAAUCUCAUAUAAUCUGAAGAAUCUGUUUCUCAUUUUACAUCUUUACCUUUUUUCUUUCGCUGUAACGCUACAUAAGGAAUGAGGCGACAAGUGACUCAAACUGGAGUUGGAUUGACUCUUUUAACAGGAGCAAAUUGAAUGUGAUGGAAAGAAUGCUUUAAGCAUCACUUUAUUUCCCCAAAUGUACUGUUUUUGUCAUCUUCUGCAUCAUUAAAAUCUUAAGCAUUGACUGAAA